UCUCCCUCCCGGUCCCUGUGGCCGAGCUGAGCAAAGCGCUGCCGAGCGGAGAGGAACUCAUUACUGUCCUCAAGUCGACUUCGUAGCUGUUUGCGGGAUGUUCUUCUAACUCUUCGGCCUGAAAUUACGAGGAUUUAUCUGCUUUAUUUUUUUUUCCUCCUUCUGUAUUUUCUCAGCCUCUCGGCGUCCUUGUGGCUCGGUCUCACUCUCACUUCCACUCCCGUGAUUUUUUUUCCGCCCGUCCUUCUUGGGAUCUUAUGGAAUUACGCAUCAUCUCUGGAAUCCAAACUGAACACCGACUGCCGCUUUGUCGGGACAUUUCCACCCCCAAAGUACCCGAAGUGCUCUAUUACCAACCAAGUCUUUUUCCUUCCAGUUUGACAUAUUAGAGAUCUUACUGCCAGGAAAUCUUUGGGCGUUGAAGUGCCAGUUCGCGCGCAUGAAAAUAACCUCAGUAAGACAGUAAUUAUUACAAAAAGCGACGGAAAGUUUUCUUUCUCGGGUUUCAGCUUAGUGGAAAAAAUAAGGAAAAAAAACUGGUGGUGUGGUGGCGACUUUGGGUGCUGCACGUCUCGGCACACAGACUUGUGGGUGGUUGAAGGGGACAACUCGCAUCCCUGCUUCAGAUCACACUGCAGAUUACUGCGCUUCCGGGAAAAGAGAGGAAAAGUUCACUGCGCUUGCCUUAAACGCGCUGGAUUAAAGGGCUGCCGUUGGCGCAUUCCGCUGUAUUCCUCUGAGAAAAUGCUGCAACACUGAAGAAAAGUGCAGAGCCACUAAUAUGACUUGUCGGCGCAUUGAAACUAGCACCGAUCUCACUCCAUUGCUUGCGUGAUGUUUUGAUGCUGCACAUUUUUGGUUACAAAUAUGAUGAAAUGGCAGCCCCGGAAGAAGGCAUACUUCCGACAGGGUGUUGCCCUCCAGUACUUGGGCCGGCAUGCAGAUGCUCUGGCCGCCUUCGCCUCCGGUCUCGCUCAGGACCCCAAGAGUCUGCAGCUGCUCGUCGGCAUGGUGGAGGCCGCCAUGAAGUCACCACUUCGAGAGUCUUUGGAGCCGACCUAUCAGCAGCUGCAGAAAAUGAAGCUGGACAAGAGUCCAUUCGUGGUGGUAUCCGUGAUCGGCCAGGAGCUGCUGAGCGCUGGCCACCACAGUGCCUCGGUGGUGGUUUUGGAAGCGGCACUGAAGAUCGGCACGUGCAGCCUCAAAUUGCGAGGCUCGGUCUUCUCCGCCCUCAGCAGCGCUUACUGGUCAUUGGGCAACACAGAGAAAAGCACCGCCUACAUGCAACAAGACUUGGAGGUGGCCAAGACUUUAGGUGACCAGGCAGGUGAGUGCAGGGCUCAUGGGAACCUCGGCUCGGCCUUCUUCUCCAAGAGCAAUUAUCGUGAGGCCCUGACCAAUCACAGGAACCAGCUUGUCCUGGCCAUGAAGCUGAAGGACAGAGAGGCAGCAUCGUCCGCUCUCAGCAGCCUAGGCCACGUCUACACAGCCAUCGGUGAUUACCCUAACGCACUAGCUAGCCACAAGCAAUGCGCUCUCCUGGCCAAGCAGCGCAAGGACCAGCUGGCGGAGGCACGUGAGCUGGGCAACAUGGGCGCUGUCUACAUCGCCAUGGGAGACUUCACCAGUGCCGUACAGUGCCAUGAACAGCACCUGGACAUUGCCAAAGUGCAGGGUGACAAGCGUGAGGAAGCACGUGCCUACAGCAACCUGGGCAGUGCCUACCACUACCGGCGUGACUUUGACAAAGCUGCGUCGUAUCAUGCACGUGUACUGGAGCUGGCACAGGAGCUGCAGGAGCGUGCUAUUGAGAUGAGGGCGUACGCCGGACUGGGCCACGCUGCCCGCUGCAUGCAGGACCUGGAGCGCGCCAAGCAGUACCAUGAGCAGCAGCUGGGUAUCGCUGAGGGCCUGAAAGACCGUGCCGCUGAGGGACGUGCCUCCUCUAACCUGGGAAUCAUCCACCAGAUGAAAGGAGAUUAUGAGACGGCUCUCAAACUGCACAAAGCUCACCUCUCCAUAGCUCAGGAGCUGAAUGACUAUGCUGCCCAGGGCAGAUCUUAUGGCAACAUGGGCAAUGCUUACAAUGCCCUUGGUGUCUUUGACCAGGCUGUACGCUACCACCGACAGGAGCUACAGAUCUCAAUGGAGGUUAACGACCGAGCGUCACAGGCCUCCACCCAUGGCAACCUGGCUGUUGCAUAUCAGGCCUUGGGGGCACAUGACAGAGCCUUGCAACACUACCAGAAUCAUCUGAACAUCGCCCGUGAGCUCCGUGACAUCCAGAGUGAGGCCCGCGCUCUGGGGAACUUGGGAAACUUUCACUGUUCACGAGGGGAGUUCCCACAGGCUGUGCCCUAUUAUGAGCAGUAUCUACGGCUCGCACCAGACCUGCAGGACAUGGAAAGUGAGGGCAAGAUUUGUCACAAUCUGGGCUAUGCACAUUAUUGCCUGGGAAACUUCCAGGAAGCGGUCAAGUAUUAUGAACAAGACCUGGCUCUGGCCAAAGACCUUCAUGACAAGCUGAGCCAAGCCAAAGCUUACUGCAAUCUAGGCUUGGCUUUCAAAGCGCUAGGUGACUACAAUAAGGCUGAAGAAUGCCAGAAGUACCUUCUGUCCUUGGCCCAGUCACUGAACAACUCACAGGCCAGGUUUCGUGCUCUGGGAAACCUGGGUGACAUCUUUAUUUGCAAGAAGGAUGUUCCUGGUGCUGUGAAGUUUUACGAACAACAGUUGGCGUUGGCACAUCAGGUCAAAGAGCGCAAGAUGGAGGCCAACGCUUAUGCUGCUUUAGGUGCUGCCUACCGGCUGCUGCAGAAAUACGACAAAGCCCUUGGUUACCACACGCAGGAGCUGGAGGUUUACCAGGAGCUAGGAGACAUCCAAGGUGAGUGCCAAGCCCAUGGGCACCUUGCAGCCGUGUAUAUGGCUCUGGGGAAAUACAGCAUGGCCUUUAAGUGCUAUGAAGAGCAGCUGGAGUUGGGCCAACGACUAAAGGACCCCAGUGUGGAGGCCCAGGUUUACGGCAACAUGGGUAUCACCAAGAUGAAUAUGGGCGUGAUGGAGGAGGCCAUUGGCUACUUUGAGCAGCAACUGGCCAUGCUGCAGCAGCUCAGUGGCAAUGAGGCGGUGCUGGACCGCGGCCGUGCCUAUGGCAACCUGGGAGACUGCUACGACUCGCUGGGCGACUAUGAGGAGGCAGUCAAGUACUAUGAGCAGUACCUGUCAGUGGCACAGAGUCUCAAUCACAUGCAGGACCAGGAGAAAGCCUACAGGGGGCUUGGAAAUGGACACAGGGCUAUGGGCAACCUGCAGCAGUCGUUGGUGUGUUUUGAGAAGCGCCUGGUGGUGGCUCAUGAGCUUGGAGAGUGCAACAACAAGGCACAGGCAUACGGAGAGCUGGGCAGCUUGCACAGCCAGCUGGGCAACUAUGAACAAGCUAUCUCAUGCCUGGAGCGCCAGCUAGCCAUCGCCCGCGACACCUCCGACCCAUCUCUGGAGGGCCAGGCCAGUUGCGGCCUGGGUGCUGUCUACCAGCUCAUGGGCGAGUAUGACACCGCGUUGCAGUUUCACCAGCGGGACCUGCAGCUUGCUGAGGAAACAGGAAGCGCAAGCUGCCAGGGCAGGGCCUAUGGCAACCUGGGUCUCACCUACGAGUCUUUGGGCAACUUCGAGCGUGCUGUGGUAUAUCAGGAACAGCACCUUAGCAUUGCUGCACAGACUAAUGACCUGGCAGCCAAAACGCAGGCUUACAGCAGCCUGGGACGCACACACCACGCCCUGCAGAAUUACUCACAGGCUGUCAUGUACCUGCAGGAAGGUCUGCGUCUGGCAGAGCAGCUGGGCCGGCGUGAAGAUGAGGCCAAAAUCCGUCACCGUCUGGGCCUCUCACUGUGGGCCAGCGGUAACCUGGAGGAGGCCCAGCAUCAGUUGUACCGUGCCUCGGCUUUAUUUGAGACCAUUCGACACGAGGCUCAACAUAGCACCGAUUACAAACUCUCUCUGUUCGAUCUCCAGACCUCCUCCUACCAGGCUCUCCAGAGGGUCCUUGUCAGCCUUGGUCACCAUGACGAGGCACUGGCAGUGGCAGAACGAGGCAGAACGCGGGCGUUUGCUGACCUGCUUGUGGAACGCCAAACGGGUCAGCAAGAUUCAGACCCAUACACCCCCGUCACUGUGGAGCACAUCUUGGACACGGUGAACAGUCAGCGCGCGCUGGUGCUCUACUACUCAGUGGCAGCUGGUUACCUGUACAGCUGGCUGCUGGCCCCAGGUUCAGGAAUUCUCAAGUUCCACGAAGUGUACCUCGGUGAAGGGGCUUCAGAGAGUGGGCCAUCUGACUUCCAGGAGGCUGGGGGUGGGUCCAUGCAAGGGGGCGGAGCCUCGUCCCUGGAGCAGCACAUUGCCAAUGCAAGAGAAGCUCUGGGAGUGGAUGCCUACUACAGCAGAGGGUGCUCCAGCAGCGAAACCGAGAGUGAGGCGGGGGAUCUGCUGGACCAGCAGUUUGAGGAGCUCAACAACAAGCUGAACUCGGUCACUGACCCGACAGGCUUCCUCAGAAUGGUGUCCAGAAACAACCUCUUCAACAGGAGCUGUCAGAGUAUGACGAGUCUGUUCAGUAACACGGUGUCUCCAGUAAAAGAGGGGAGUUCCUCUCUUUCCCGUCGCUCCAGCACUCUCAGCAAGCCUCCACUACGUGCCCUCUAUGACCUUCUCAUCGCUCCUAUGGAGGGGGGUCUGAUGCACUCCAGUGGGCCGGUGGGUCGGCACAGGCAGCUGGUGCUGGUUCUCGAAGGCGAGCUCUAUCUCAUCCCGUUUGCUCUGCUAAAGGGAAGCUCCUCCAACGAGUAUCUUUAUGAGCGCUUCAGCCUUAUAGCCAUGCCCUCCAUCGGCAGCCUUGGGGCCAAUGCCAAGGUUCAUCCUCGGCGUGCCGGCCCAGCCCUGUGCCCUGGAGGCAGCUCUGCAGCGGUGGUGGGAAACCCUCGCCUGCCCGCCUCAGUGAUGGAGCGCUGGCUUUGGGGGCCGAUGCCUUCUGCCGAGGAGGAGGCCCACAUGGUGGCUGAGUUACUGGGCUGUCAGCCUCUAACCGGCCAGGGUGCCACCAAGCAGCGCGUCAUGAGCGCCUUGAGCCAGGCUGAGUGUGCCCACUUCGCCACACAUGUCUCCUGGAAGCUGGCAGCUCUGGUGCUAGCACCCAAUCAGGACAUAGGCACUGGGCAUGGUGCUAACACUUCGGGUGGGGCAUCCGGGGGCACUGAGGGCAGUGUGAAGUCGAGCUACAGUAUCAAAGACGACGCCAGCGACGCUGAGAGCGUGUGUGACAGCCCACCGCUGCAGGAGUUUCUGCUUACAGCUGCAGACAUUUUGGACCUCCGGCUGCCUGUCAAGCUAGUGGUGCUGGGUUCUUACCAGGAAUCAGACAGCAAGGUGACAGCAGACGGAGUGGUGGGACUCACCCGAGCCUUUUUAGCCGCUGGCGCUCAGUGUGUGCUGGUGUCUUUAUGGCCUGUGCCUGUAGCUGCAUCCAAAAUGUUCGUCCACGCAUUCUACACAGCCCUGCUGAAUGGAACAAAGGCCAGCGCAGCCCUCGCCGAUGCCAUGAAAACGCUUCAGGGCAGCAAGCAGUUCUCUCAUCCUUCCAACUGGGCAGGCUUCAUGCUGAUUGGCAGUGAUGUGAAGCUGAACAGUCCCUCAUCUCUGAUUAGCCAAGCCCUGGCUGAGAUUCUGCAGUAUCCAGACAAAGCCAGAGAUGCCCUGAGGGUCCUGCUGCAUCUUGUCGAGAAAUCACUGCAGCGUAUUCAGAGCGGUCAGCGUAACUCCAUGUACACGUCUCAGCAGAGCGUGGAGAACAAGGUGGGGGGCGUCCCAGGCUGGCAGGCUCUGCUCAGUGCAGUGGGUUUUAGAUUGGAUUCGGGUGGUGCCGGCCUCCCCGCUGCUGUUUUCUUUCCCAUGGCAGAUCCCGGAGACCGACUCCAACAGUGCAGCGCCACCCUGCAAUCACUGCUAGGUCUUCCCCCUCCUGCUCUCCAGGCCCUCUGUAAACUCAUCACAGCUUCUGAGACCGGCGAGCAGCUCAUCAGCAGGGCUGUUAAAAAUGUAGUUGGAAUGCUUCACCAGGUUCUGGUCCAACUGCAGUCUGGAGAAAAGGAGCAGGAUUUCUCCCUGGCCCCUAUCCAGGUGUCCAUCAGUGUGCAGCUCUGGAGGCUGCCUGGCUGUCAUGAAUUCUUGGCUGCUCUGGGAUUUGACCUGUGUGAGGUUGGUCAGGAGGAAGUGGUGCUAAAGACUGGGAAACAAGCGAACCGCCGCACUAUGCACUUUGCCCUGCAGUCUCUGCUGGCUCUGUUUGAUUCCACUGAGCUUCCUAAGCGUCUGAGCUUGGACAGUUCCUCAUCCCUGGAGUCUCUAGCUUCAGCUCAGUCUGUGUGCCAGCAGCUGCCUGUGGGCUACGCCAAUCCUCCCUUCUCUCCUCCAUGCCCUGACAGCCUGGCAUCAGAUGCCAUUUCUGUCUACAGCCUGAGCUCCAUUGCCUCAUCCAUGAGCUUCCUGCCACGGCCCGAUGGAUCAUCAGAUGUCACCGGACAGCGUCAACGCCAUGCUAGCCUGUUCACCCCGCAGCGGCACUCGGCUGUUCCACGUAGUCGCUCUUCGCCGCAUGGUGCGGCCCGUGGGCACGAUGAUGACGAGUACCAAGGCUUUAGCAUUAUCAGCAGUGAACCACUAGGCACCCACUGCGACACACUCCCCCGACCAGCUGGGCAUCAGCGUGGCAAUGGCCGUGGGGGAGCAGGUAGAGGGUACGUGUCAUCCGUGUCAUGCAGAGGCAGUGUCAGCACCCCAACAUCACCUGUGAAGACAGCUAGCCUGAUACCCAGUGCUAACUCACCCUUCCAGAAGACAGGCAAAGCAGGCAACUCGGACACUGGAGAGUCCGAUCAGUCCAGCACAGAGACAGACAGCACAGUGAAAUCGCAGGAGGAACACCCACCUGCAAAUGCCGCACCUCUCGAUCCACAGGAGCUGGCGCAAAAGAUCCUAGAGGAGACACAGAGCCACAUGCGGGCAGUGGAGACACUCCAGAGGGGUAGCGUUUCAGGGCCUGGUGAUGCCCCAACGCCAACUGGAGGCUCCGCCUUCCGCUGUUCAGAGACCAGUGCUUUCAGUCGACCCAGUAGUAGAGCUAGCAUCAAAUCACAGAAGCUCCAGAAGAUCAGCUCGGGUUAUAACAGUCCCGCCAUGUCAGAGACAUCGCUGAAGGACAGCAGUCAGCCAUCGCCCACCUCCGACAGCCUUCACGCCCAGUUCAAACUUAAAUACCCCAGCUCACCUUACAGUGGGCACAUUUCACCCAGCUCAGGCCACCAGUCGCCGGCAGGCAGCGCACCUUCCCCCGCCCUGUCUUAUUCCUCCACCGGCUCCACACGUUCCAGCCCAGGUGACCUUGACCGCCUCAAACUGGCUGCCAUUGAUGAGAAAGUGCAAGCUAUUCACAAUCUAAAGACUUUUUGGGCCAGUGCCGCUCAGCAGCAGCAGUCUGGACCAAUGAGGGCCUUCCAUGGUGGAGCAAAAUUGAGUGCUUCCCAAAGGGAUGUUCUAGGCCUUCUUAAUCUGUCCCCCCGCCAUGGCAAAGGUCACAGCCUGCCCAGCCAUGAAUUUCAAGACAUGGGACUUCAGUCGAUGGAGCCCAGCUCUAAAAACCCACCCAAUGGCCAUCGGAAGAUGGAGCCAAAAAGAGUUGCCCCCUCUCCCACGGCUUCCACAGGGAGUAGCCCUGGUUCCCAUACCAUCAGACUGCCCACAGGGAAUGGGUAUAAAUUUCUUUCCCCUGGGAGAUUCUUUCCCUCAUCUAAAUGCUGAAAGUUCUCUCCUACAUAAGUUUUUUUCCUGAAAUGGUAGAUGUGGAAUAUUUGGAUGCGUGCCAUUCCUUUGGAAACAGUAGAAAUGAUAGCGCAAGGUUUUGAUUCAGAUACGAGCCUCAUUUUAUCCACUGUGUCAGACUGACCAGAGAGCAUAUAAUCCUUAUGCUUCCACCUACACUGUAAAAGAACCAUUGAUAUAUGCAGACUGACCAGAGAACUGACGUGUCAGGGAAAAAAAGGAAAAGAUUAUACCAAAAUGGUAUUAGUACAAAAGACGCUUGCUGUUUGUGUUAGUGAAGGACCACAUGGCUUUGACUGGUUUGUUUCAUUUGAUUUUUGGUUUUCAUUUUUAAUAUAAUUAUUGUUAUUGUUAUUAUUAUGGAUUGUAAUUGUUAUUACAGUUAUUUUUUGUAAAUUAAAACAAGUGUUUUGCAAUCAGUAUUAUACAUUUUUAUAUUAUUAAAGAGACACACCAUGCACAAAAAAAGAUGGACAAACAUUUUCAUAUUUUUAUUGAAAUGAAAAAAAAAAAGAAAAAUGCAUCUGACCUGACAUCUAUGUGAAUUGAGUGUCAGUAUUAAAGCAUGGGUUCUCUUGCUCUUCAGUGAUUCGAUGUCUUUUUAACAGAAAAAAAAGAUUUUGCAUAUGUUCUCAUCCAGAAAUAUUUCAGUCAUUUCUCAGUAAAAAAAAAAAGUCUCAAUAAAAGGGUUU